CAACCAGAUAGAGUGCUCGAUUGGUGGUGUUCCAUGCAUGGGGUUGAUGCAAAGGGACAGAGAAUCAUACCUGAUCCCGGAACAAAACAGAUAGCUAAUGCCAUUAUUGGCUUGAAGGAAAAGGAGGCAGCUGGUGAGUUCACUCCUAGAGGACAAGUUGAUGCCUUACACGAGACUCUAGGACGGGACCAGUAUGGACGUGUGAGGGGCGUAGGAGGUGUCCGCCUCGGGGUGAGAAAGGUGUAUGGUGAUCAAUACACCUCUACGUCCAGAUCCACUACCUCCAGUGUCAAUUCAUCACCUUCCAUAGAUGUGGAGGCUAUGAAAGCCGAACUUCGGGAGGAGCUCAGAGCGGAGAUGACUCAGAAUUUCAACGCCAUUUUGGCGCAGAUGGGCUUACCGACUUUUGGUGCUUUCACGCAGGGCAAUGUUCCUAUGCAGCCUGUUUCCUACGCAGCCUCGUCCACAACCGGAGUUAACGGAAGAGACACCAUGUGAGCUAUGUAAUCAAGGAGAUGGUCAUGGUAGAUUCAUUAUCGUGGCUUAUGGAUCUGUACAGCCCCCUAGGGACCGGCCACUAUUGCACAACCAGCCAGUAGCUGAUAUUCACUAUGUGGUCAGCGUUGAAGACAUUGUGACCGGUUUCGAAGCAUUUCCUCUUCCGCUGCCGA